AUUUUACAGGAGCUCCAUGAUGGCAUCGGACGACAGCAAACUGUUAUCAGAACAUUAAAUAUAACUGGUGAAGAAAUUAUUGAGCAGUCAUUAGCAGCAGAUGCUAAUGUACUAAGGGAAAAGCUGGGUAGCCUGAAUUUUCGGUGGGAGGAAGUCUGCAGGCAGCUGGCAGAGAGAAGAAAGAGGCUGGAGGAAGAAAAGAAUAUUUUAUCAGAAUUGCAAGAAGAUUUAAAUGAAUUCAUUUUAUGGUUAGAGGAAGCAGACAGCAUUGUUGGUAUUCCUCUUGAACCGGGAAAUGAACAACAGUUAAAAGACUCUCUUGAAAAAGUGAAGUUAAGAGUGGAAGAGCUGCCUCCACACAAGGGAAUAUUGAAACGAUUAACUGAAACUGGAGGAAUAGUACUUGGAAGUACAUCACUGAACCCAGAAGGAAAACAUAAGCUUGAAAAUAGGCUCAAGGAGGCUAACCAUCGCUGGAUAAAGGUAUCCAAAGAUCUACCGGAGAAAGAAAAAGAAAUUGAGCAUCUGCUAAAUAAUUUCACCCAGUUUGAACAACAGUUAAAUCAGCUGAUAUUGUGGGUAUCUCCCGUCAAGGAUCAAUUAGAACUUCACAACCAAGUGGGCCAACUAGGAGCUUUCAAUAUUGAGGAAACUGAAGCAGCAGUUCAAGCUAAACAGCCGGAUGUGGAAGGGGUUUUGUCUAAAGGGCAUUAUUUAUAUAAGGAAAAACCAGCCACUCAUCCCGUAAAGAGAAAAUUAGAAGACUUGAGUGCUGACUGGACAGCAGUAAACCAUUUAAUUCAAGCACUAAAGGGAAAGCCAGCUUCAGGAGCACCUGGACUUAUCCCUUCUGGUUUCCAAACUUCUGGUCAAACUGUUACUGUGGUUACACAAACCGUGGUAACCAAGGAAACCACCAUCUCCAAAGUAGAAAUGCCAUCUUCCUUGCUUCUGGAGGUGCCUGCUCUGGCUGACUUUAAUAAGGCCUGGGCAGAACUCACUGACUGGCUUUCUUUACUGGAUCGAGUGAUAAAAUCCCAGAUAGUGACAGUGGGUGAUCUUGAUGACAUCAACGACAUGAUCAUCAAACAAAAGGCAGCACUACAGGAAUUGGAGCAAAGGCAUCCCCAACUGGAGGAGCUAAUAACUGCAGCACAGAAUCUAAAAAACAAGACCAGCAAUCAAGAGGCCAGAACAAUCAUUACUGAUAGCAUUGAAAAGAUCCAGAGCCAGUGGGACGAAGUACAGGGACACCUUCAAAGCCGCAGGCAGCAGCUACAUGAAAUGUUAAAGGAUUCAACACAAUGGUUGGAAGCCAAACAAGAAGCUGAGCAGGUUCUAGAACGGGCCAAAGUCAAGCUUGCGUCAUGGAAGGAGAUUUCGUACACUGUGGAAGCUCUGAAAAAGCAGAACACCGAACUUAAGCAAUUUUCAAAAGAGCUGCGGCAGUGGCAAAUACAUGUGGAUGUGGCGAAUGACAUGGCACUUAAGCUUCUCCGUGAUUAUUCGACAGAUGACACCAGAAAAGUAGAACUGAUGACAGAUAACAUUAAUACCAGUUGGGCUACCAUUAAUAAAAGGGUUAGUGAGCGAGAAGCUGAACUGGAAGCAGCUCUAAGACUGCUGCAACAGUUCUACCUGGAUCUGGAAAAGUUCCUUGCCUGGCUUACAGAAGCAGAGACAACUGCCAAUGUCCUGCAGGAUGCUACACACAAGGAAAGGAUACUAGAGGACACGAAAGAGGUUCGGGAGCUCAUGAAACAGUGGCAGGACCUCCAGACAGAGAUUGAAGCUCAUACUGACAUCUUCCACAACCUGGAUGAAAAUGGACAGAAAAUCCUGAGAUCCUUGGAAGGCUCUGAUGAUGCAGCAUUGUUGCAGAGACGCCUGGAUAACAUGAACUUCAGAUGGAGUGAGCUUAGGAAAAAAUCUCUAAACAUUAGAUCCCAUUUAGAAGCCAGUUCUGACCAGUGGAAGCGUCUACACCUCUCUCUUCAGGAACUCCUGGCAUGGCUGCAGCUGAAGGAUGAUGAGUUAAAGCAACAAGCACCUAUUGGUGGGGAUCUUCCCACCGUGCAGAAGCAGAAUGAUACACACAGGGCCUUCAAGAGGGAGUUGAAAACUAAAGAACCUGUUAUCAUGAGUGCACUUGAAACAGUACGAGUGUUCCUGGCAGAGCAGCCUCUGGAGGGACUGGAGAAGCUCUACCAGGAGCCUAGAGAGCUGUCUCCUGAAGAAAGGGCCCAGAAUGUAACCAAACUCCUCCGAAGACAGGCAGAUGAGGUCAAAACUGAAUGGGAUAAACUGAACCUGCAUUCUACUGACUGGCAAAAGAAAAUAGACGAGACUCUUGAAAAACUGCAGGAGCUCCAGGAGGCAAUGGAUGAACUGGACCUGAAGUUGCGCCAAGCUGAAGUGACCAAGGGUUCCUGGCAGCCGGUGGGGGAUCUGCUAAUUGACUCUCUGCAGGAUUACCUAGAAAAAGUCAAGGUUUACCGAGCAGAAAUUGCACCCAUUAAAGAAAAUGUGAAUCAUGUCAAUGACCUUGCUCACCAGUUCACCUCCUCUGAUAUACAGCUUUCUCCAUAUAAUCUCAACUGCCUGGAAGACCUGAACACAAGGUGGAAGCUUCUACAGGUGGCCAUUGAUGAGCGCAUCAGACAGUUGCAUGAAGCCCACAGGGAUUUUGGCCCUACAUCUCAGCACUUCCUUUCCACUUCUGUCCAGGGUCCCUGGGAGAGGGCAAUCUCACCAAACAAAGUGCCCUACUAUAUCAACCAUGAGACACAAACGACCUGCUGGGAUCAUCCUAAAAUGACUGAGCUCUACCAGUCUUUAGGUAAGAGAGAUCUACUAAUUUCCUGUAAUUAAACUAAUUGUUAAGAC